AUGACCACACUGACAAGCAAGCCAGUUGUAAAGAUAACAACAGUACCUACUGAAGUGACAACAAGUAAGGUUACCACACAUCCCCCCAAAGAGACCACAGGUCCUGAAGAAACAACACCACUGACCACCAAAGUUGUUUUAACAACAACACUUGUGCCACCAGAAAAAACGACUUCUCAGCUUUUGGAAACUAAAACAACACAGGAAACUACUAUUACUCCAGAGGAAACAACAUCGGGAAUUACAACUCUUCCCCUCACCACCACAACCAAUGUACGAGAGGUAACAACUGCUCGGCCUUCCGAAGAGACAACUAUUUCACCAGAAUUUACAACACUGACAAGCAAGCCAACAGGUCCAGAAGAAACAACUAUACUGACCACCAAAGUUGUUCCAAAGACAACGCCAGUGCCACCAGAAAAAACAACCACUCAGCCUAUGGAAACCACCACAGCAAAAGAAACCACUAUUUCUCAAGAGGAAACAACAUUGCCGAUUACAAUUUUUCCCAUUACCACCAUAACCACUGUACCAGAGGUAACAACAUCUCUGCCCUCCGAAGAGUCCACUAUUUCAGCUGAAAUUACCACACUGACCAGCAAGCCAGUAGUAAAGGUAACUACUGUACCUACUGAAGUGACAACAAGUAAGGCUACCACACUUCCUCACAAAGAGACAACAGGCCCUGAAGAAACAACAACACUGACCACUAAACUUGUUGCAACAACAACACCAGUGCCACCAGAAAAAACGACUUCUCAGCUUUUAGAAACUAAAACAACACAGAAAACGACUAUUUCCCUGGAAAAAACAACACUGCCUAUUACAACUCUUCCAAUUACCACCGCACCAGAGAUUACAACCACUCAGCCCUCCGAAGAGUCCACUAUUUCAGCUGAAAUUACCACACUGACCAGCAAGCCAGUAGUAAAGGUAACUACUGUACCUACUGAAGUGACAACAAGUAAGGCUACCACACUUCCUCCCAAAGAGACAACAGGUCCAGAAGAAACAACAACACUGACCACCAAACUUGUGGCAACGACAACACCGGUGCCACAAGAAAAAACGACUUCUCAGCUUUUAGAAACUAAAACAACACAAAAAACUACUUUUCCCAUCAUCACCACAGCAGAGAUUACAACCACUCUGACUUCGGAAGAGAGCACUAUUUCCCCAAUAAUUACCACUCUGACAAGCAAGCCAGUUGUAAAGAUAACAACAGUACCAACUGAAGUAACAACAAGUAAGGCUACCACACUUCCUCCCACAGGGACAACAGGCCCAGAAGAAACAACAAGAGUGACCACCAAGGUUGUUUCAAUGACAACACCUGUGCCACCAGAAAAAACGACUUCUCAGAGUUUAGAAAGUACAAUAACAAAAGAAACCACUAUUUCCCCAGAAAAAACAACAUUGCACGUUACACCUGGUACCGUCACCACCACCAAUGCACCAGAGGUAACAACCACUGGUACAAGCAAACCAGUUGUAAAGGUAACAACAGUGCUUCCUGAAGAGACAACCUCGAAGGCUACUACAGGUCCUUCCAAAGAGACCACAGGGCCAGCAGAAACAACAACACUGACAACAAUAAUUGUUCCAAAAACAACACCAGUGCCACCAGAAAAAACAACCACUCAGCCUUUGGAAACUACCAAAGCAAAAGAAACCACUAUUUCCCCAGAAAAGACAACAUUGGCCAUAACAACUCUUCCAAUCACCACCACCAUUGCACCAAAGGUAUCAACCACUGGCUCUUCCAAAGAGACCACCAUUUCACACCAAAUUACCACACUGACAAGCAAACCAGUUGUAAAGGUAACAACAGUGCUUCCUGAAGAGACAACCUCGAAGGCUACUACAGGUCCUCCCAAAGAGACCACAGGGCCAGCAGAAACAACAACACUGACCACGAUAAUUGUUCCAAAAACAACAUCAGUGCCACCAGAAAAAACAACCACUCAGCCUUUGGAAACUACCAAAGCAAAAGAAACCACUAUUUCCCCAGAAAAGACAACAUUGGCCAUAACAACUCUUCCAAUCACCACCACUAUUGCACCAAAGGUAUCAACCACUGGCUCUUCCAAAGAGACCACCAUUUCACACCAAAUUACCACACUGACAAGCAAACCAGUUGUAAAGGUAACAACAGUGCUUCCUGAAGAGACAACCUCGAAGGCUACUACAGGUCCUCCCAAAGAGACCACAGGGCCAGCAGAAACAACAACACUGACCACGAUAAUUGUUCCAAAAACAACAUCAGUGCCACCAGAAAAAACAACCACUCAGCCUUUGGAAACUACCAAAGCAAAAGAAACCACUAUUUCCCCAGAAAAGACAACAUUGACCAUAACAACUCUUCCAAUCACCACCACUAUUGCACCAAAGGUAUCAACCACUGGCUCUUCCAAAGAGACCACCAUUUCACACCAAAUUACCACACUGACAAGCAAACCAGUUGUAAAGGUAACAACAGUGCUUCCUGAAGAGACAACCUCGAAGGCUACUACAGGUCCUCCCAAAGAGACCACAGGGCCAGCAGAAACAACAACACUGACCACGAUAAUUGUUCCAAAAACAACAUCAGUGCCACCAGAAAAAACAACCACUCAGCCUUUGGAAACUACCAAAGCAAAAGAAACCACAAUUUCCCCAGAAAAGACAACAUUGGCCAUAACAACUCUUCCAAUCACCACCACUAUUGCACCAAAGGUAUCAACCACUGGCUCUUCCAAAGAGACCACCAUUUCACACCAAAUUACCACACUGACAAGCAAACCAGUUGUAAAGGUAACAACAGUGCUUCCUGAAGAGACAACCUCGAAGGCUACUACAGGUCCUCCCAAAGAGACCACAGGGCCAGCAGAAACAACAACAGUGACCACGAUAAUUGUUCCAAAAACAACAUCAGUGCCACCAGAAAAAACAACCACUCAGCCUUUGGAAACUACCAAAGCAAAAAAAACCACUAUUUCCCCAGAAAAGACAACAUUGGCCAUAACAACUCUUCCAAUCACCACCACUAUUGCACCAAAGGUAUCAACCACUGGCUCUUCCAAAGAGACCACCAUUUCACACCAAAUUACCACACUGACAAGCAAACCAGUUGUAAAGGUAACAACAGUGCUUCCUGAAGAGACAACCUCGAAGGCUACUACAGGUCCUCCCAAAGAGACCACAGGGCCAGCAGAAACAACAACACUGACCACGAUAAUUGUUCCAAAAACAACAUCAGUGCCACCAGAAAAAACAACCACUCAGCCUUUGGAAACUACCAAAGCAAAAGAAACCACUAUUUCCCCAGAAAAGACAACAUUGCCCAUAACAACUCGUCCAAUCACCACCACUAUUGCACCAAAGGUAUCAACCACUGGCUCUUCCAAAGAGACCACCAUUUCACACCAAAUUACCACACUGACAAGCAAACCAGUUGUAAAGGUAACAACAGUGCUUCCUGAGGAGACAACCUCGAGGGCUACUACAGGUCCUCCCAAAGAGACCACAGGGCCAGCAGAAACAACAACACUGACCACCAAAAUUGUCCCAAAGACAACACCAGUGCCACCAGAAAAAACUACCAAAACAAAAGAAACCACUAUUUCCCCAGAAAAGACAACAUUAGCCAUAACAACUCUUCCAAUCACCACUACCAUUGCACCAAAGGUAUCAACCACUGGGUCUUCCAAAGAGACCACCAUUUCACCCCAAAUUACCACACUGACAAGCAAACCAGUUGUAAAGGUAACAACAGUGCCUCCUAAAGAGUCAACCACUAAGGUUACUACAGGUCCUUCCAAAGAGACCACAGGGCCAGCAGAAACAACAACACUGACCACAAUAAUUGUUCCAAAAACAACACCAGUGCCACCAGAAAAAACAACCACUCAGACUUUGGAAACUACCAAAGCAAAAGAAACCACUAUUUCCCCAGAAAAGACAACAUUGCCCAUAACAACUCUUCCAAUCACCACCACCAUUGCACCAAAGGUAUCAACCACUGGGCCAUCCAAAGAGACCACCAUUUCAUUCCGAAGUACUACAUUAACAAGCAAACCAAUUGUAAAAGUAACAACAGUGCCUCCUGAAGGCACAACCUCAAAGGCUACAACAGGUCCUCCAAAAGAGACCACAGGUCCAGCAGAAACAACAAAACUAACCACCAGAGUUGUUCCAAAGACAACACCAGUGGUACCAGAAAAAACAACCACUCAGCCUUUAAAAACUACAGCAAUCAAAGAAACCACUAUUUCACCAGAAAUGACAACAUUGCCUAUAACAACUCUUCCAAUUGCCACCACCAUUGCACCAAAGGCAUCAACCACUAGGCCUUCCAAAGAGACCACCAUUUCACCCCAAAUUACCACACUGACAAGCAAACCUGUUGUAAAGGUAACAACAGUGCCUCCUGAAGGGACAACCGCGAAAGCUACUACAGGUCCUCCUAAAGAGACCACAGGUCCAGCAGGAACAACAAAACUAACCACCAAAGUUGUUCCAAAGACAACACCAGUGGUACCAGAAAAAACGACCACUCAGCCUUUAAAAACUACCGCAGGCAAAGAAACCACUAUUUACCCAGAAAAGACAACAUUGCCCAUAACAACUCUUCCAAUUACCACCACCAUUGCACCAAAGGUAUCAACCACUAGGCCUUCCAAAGAGACCACCAUUUCACCCCAAGUUACCACAUUGACAAGCAAACCAAUUGUGAAGGUAACAACAGUGCAUCCUGAAGGGACAACAAUAAAGGCUACUACAGGUCUUUCCAAAGAGACCACAGGUCCAUCAGAAACAACAAAACUAACCACCAAAGUUGUUUUAAAGACAACACCAAUGGUACCAGAAAAAACAACCACUCAGCCUUUAAAAACUACCGCAGGCAAAGAAACCACUAUUUACCCAGAAAAGACAACAUUGCCCAUAACAACUCUUCCAAUUACCACCACCAUUGCACCAAAGGUAUCAACCACUAGGCCUUCCAAAGAGACCACUAUUUCACCCCAAGUUACCACACUGACAAGCAAACCAAUUGUGAAGGUAACAACAGUGCAUCCUGAAGGGACAACAAUAAAGGCUACUACAGGUCUUUCCAAAGAGACCACAGGUCCAGCAGAAACAACAAAACUAACCACCAAAAUUGUUUCAAAGACAACACCAGUGGUCCCAGAAAAAACGACCACUCAGCCUUUAAAAACUACAGCAGUCAAAGAAACCACUAUUUACCCAGAAAAGACAACAUUGCCCAUAACAACUCUUCCAAUUACCACCACCACUGCACCAAAGGUAUCAACCACUAGGCCUUCCAAAGAGACCACCAUUUCACCCCAAAUUACCACACUGACAAGCAAACCAGUUGUAAAGGUAACAACAGUGCCUCCAGAAGGGACAACAACGAAGGCCACUACAGGUCCUCCCAAAGAGACCACAGGUCCAGCAGAAACAACAAAACUAACCACCAAAAUUGUUUCAAAGACAACACCAGUGGUCCCAGAAAAAACGACCACUCAGCCUUUAAAAACUACAGCAGUCAAAGAAACCACUAUUUACCCAGAAAAGACAACAUUGCCCAUAACAACUCUUCCAAUCACCACCACCACUGCACCAAAGGUAUCAACCACUAGGCCUUCCAAAGAGACCACCAUUUCACCCCAAAUUACCACACUGACAAGCAAACCAGUUGUAAAGGUAACAACAGUGCCUCCAGAGGGGAUAACAACGAAGGCCACUACAGGUCCUCCCAAAGAGACCACAGGUCCAGCAGAAACAACAAAACUAACCACCAAAAUUGUUUCAAAGACAACACCAGUGGUCCCAGAAAAAACGACCACUCAGCCUUUAAAAACUACAGCAGUCAAAGAAACCACUAUUUACCCGGAAAAGACCACAUUGCCCAUAACAACUCUUCCAAUCACCACCACCAUUGCACCAAAGGUAUCAACCACUAGGCCUUCCAAAGAGACCACCAUUUCACCCCAAAUUACCACACUGACAAGCAAACCAGUUGUAAAAGUAACAACAGUACCUCCAGAAGUGACAACAACGAAGGCCACUACAGGUCCUCCCAAAGAGACCACAGGUCCAGCAGAAACAACAAAACUAACCACCAAAAUUGUUUCAAAGACAACACCAGUUGUACCAGAAAAAACGACCACUCAGCCUUUAAAAACUACAGCAGUCAAAGAAACCACUAUUCACCCAGAAAAGACCACAUUGCCCAUAACAACUCUUCCAAUUGCCACCACCAUUGUACCAAAGGUAUCAACCACUAGGCCUUCCAAAGAGACCACCAUUUCACCCCAAAUUACCACACUGACAAGCAAACCAGUUAUAAAGGUCACAACAGUGCCUCCUGAAGAGACAACCACUAAGGUUACUACAGGCCCUCCCAAAGAGACCACAGGUCCAGCAGAAACAACAAAACUAACCACCAAAGUUGUUUCAAAGACAACACCAGUGGUACCAGAAAAAACAACCACUCAACCUUUAAAAACUACAGCAGUCAAAGAAACCACUAUUCACCCAGAAAAGACAACAUUGCCCAUAACAACUCUUCUAGUCACAACCACCAUUGCACCAAAGGUAUCAACCACUAGGCCUUCCAAAGAGACCACCAUUUCACCCCAAAUUACCACACUGACAAGCAAACCAGUUGUAAAGGUAACAACAGUGCCUCCUAAAGAGACAACCACUAAGGUUACUACAGGUCCUUCCAAAGAGACCACAGGGCCAGCAGAAACAACAAAACUAACCACCAAAGUUGUUCCAACAUCAGAAAAAACAACCACUCAGCCUUUAAAAACUACCACAGCCAGAGAAACCACUACUUUCUCAGAAAAGACAUCAUUGCCCCUUACAAGUCUUCCUAUCACCUUAACCACUAAAAUGGAAUUAAAAAGCACUCAGUCUUUUAAAGAAACCACAAUUUCACCACAAAUAACAACGCUGACAAGUAUAACAACCCCUUUAAUUACCACAGAAACUCCUACAACAACACUUAAGAUUGUAACAGCACCAAAACCAACUUCCUUAUAUCCAACAGAGAUGCAAAAGAAUAUUAGUACAACCUUACCUUUGACCUCAGCCCCUGUUUGUUGUUUUGUAAAUGGAACAAAUUUUCUAUCAGACACCAUCAUAUAUAAUGUAACUGAUGGCUUUGGGUGGUGCUAUACUGGAUACUGCAAUUCUACUUGUCAUGUUGAGACAAAAUCAUAUUCCUGUGAAACCACACCCUCGACUACCAAAAAACCAUUAAGUACCACAGUGUUCAGCAGUGCUGCACCCACAACUCCUACAAGCAUUUCUCCCAUUGUCACACCUCACACAACUGUAACACCCGACUGUUCCAGUCUUAACCCACCAAGAAAGGAUGGGGAGUCCUGGAAAGAGGAUAAUUGUACCAGUGCAACAUGUAGUAAUGGCUCAGUCAUCUUACAACCAUACAAGUGUGGCUCAGUUGAGCAGAAAAACUGUGCAAAUGGACGAACACCCAUUAAAGUUUAUGAUGAGACUGGCUGCUGCUUCACAUACGAGUGUGAAUGCUCUUGUAGCGGAUGGAGCGGCUCCAAUUAUGUCACAUUUGAUGGAACAUCUUAUACCUUUAGUGAUAGCUGCUCAUACAUUUUGGUUCAAGAAAUUAACAAUGCAAACCUGAAAAUCAUUCUUGACAAGGAAGCAUGCAGCAAAGGGAGUUCGUUCUGCCCACAGACCCUGUUAAUUACAUACAAUUCCCAGGAGGUUAUUCUGACCCAGGAAAUGACUUCAAAUGGUGCAACCAAUGUGGUGAUGGUGGACAACAAACAAGUCUAUCCUGUUUUUAAAAAUGCUAAUUAUGUCAUAACGAGCACAGGCGUGGAGGUCACAGUGCAGAUUCCUGAUAUUCAAGCUCAAAUCACCUACACAGGCACCACUUUUACCAUUGACUUGCCCUUCUCUGAGUUUGAGAAAAACACAGAAGGUUUAUGCGGGACCUGUGACAAUGAUAAGACCAAUGACUGCAGGUUACCCUCUGGUCAAAUCGAGUCCUGUGAGCAAGCUGCACCAAACUGGAAGACUAACAAGACAUGCAUAUCACCUACCACCCCACCUCCAGUUAGCGUUACUACUGUCCCCGCUUCCACUACAUCGUCCCCGUGCCAGCCAGCCAUUUGUGAGCUCUUCAACAGCAGUGCGUUUGAGGAGUGUCGUAGCACCAUUCCUUCAGAGCCAUAUAUGACAAGUUGUAAACAGGACGUGUGCUCUGAAAAGUCUGGCUGUACGAGUCUGCAGGCGUAUGCAUCCGCAUGUGCUAAGGCAGGAAUAUGUGUGAACUGGAGGAAUUACACUAAUGGAGAAUGUGAGGUCACAUGUCCUCCCACUAAAGUCUACGAAGCCUGUGGUCCUGCUGUCCAACCUACCUGCAACUCUCAGUAUAAUAACAAGUAUCAGGAAGUAAUGGAUGCAAAAAGCCAAGAAAUAAGGGAGGGAUGUUUCUGUAUGAAAGGCACCACCCUGUUCAACACGUAUUCAGACGUCUGCGUUACAUCCUGCGCUUGUGUUGGCCCUGAUGGUAGUCCGAAAAUGCCGAACGAAACAUGGCAGAUUGGCUGCCAGGAGUGUGAGUGUGAUGGUGAAAGCAUGAGUGUGCGGUGUAAACCAAUCAAAUGUCCAACCACCACAAUGCCGCUUUGUAACAAACCUGGACAAGUGGUCGUUAACAAGACAGAUGGCUGCUGCGAGAGCUACGAAUGUCAGUGCGAUACAAGUAAGUGCGUCACGCCCAUGAUGAAGUGUGCUCUGGGUUUCACUCAGGAGAUGAAUGGCACAAAUCCAGGAGACUGUUGUCCUACAUACACCUGCAAACCCAUGAAAGUCUGUGUGCAGAAUGCGACGAUAUAUCCGCUGGGCUCCCAAAUACCCAGUUCCCAUGAGUGUGAGGAAUGUGAUUGUGGCUCGAGUGUUGAUCCCGAAACUGGACUUCUGACUCCAGAGUGUGUGACAAAAAAAUGUAAUGAAGAUUGUGAGGAGGGUUACGAGUAUAAGCCUGUCGUAGGCCAGUGUUGUGGAAAGUGUGUGAGUACGAGCUGCGUGGUCACCGUUAAUAAUGUCACUAAGACCAUCCCAAUAAACCAAACAUUUACUCCACCUAACGAUAAGUGUGUGACGUACACCUGCCAGGAUGUUAGCGAUAGUCCCAUGGUAAAGGAAGUCAGGAAAACGUGUCGCGAGUUCAACCCGGCAAACUGUGUCCCGGGAACAGAGACGACUGAUGCUGACGGUUGCUGCAGAAGCUGUACUCCACAGAGCAGCUGUAAAAAGGUUACAAACACCUCUGUGCUGGUUCAUAACGGCUGCAGGAGCGCAUCCCCGGUGGAGUUCACGUCCUGCUCGGGAGCCUGUGCCACUUCCUCCAUGUACUCUUCAGAGAGCAACAAGCUGAUGCACACGUGCUCGUGUUGUCAGGAGCAGUCGACCAGUCAGAAGGAAGUGGAGUUGAUUUGCUCUGAUGGAUCGAAGACGACAUACACCUACGUGUACAUUGACUCAUGUGGCUGCCAGACAUCCGAAUGCACACCGAUGGGGAGACGCCGGAGGAGACGUUGAACUCUAAAGGAAACAAAAUCCUGAAAAGUGCAUGAAUCUUAACUGACUUAUGUUAAAGCUUAGGUUUCCUUUCUAUUAGUCAGCUUCUCCACUUCUUUUAUUGUGUAACUUGCAUGCAAAUGAAAUGAGUGAAAAACUAUUUUAAAAUAUAUUAUUAUUGUUGUAAGAAUGUGUUAAAAUCUUAGUGACACAUGGUGUGUAGAGUGUUAUGCUUAUAUAGUGCAUGUGUUCUUUGUCCUUUUAGUUCUUAUUAAAUGAA